CGCGGCAAACCUUUGGUAGAUUGACGUCCCUUUAAUCGAACCAGGAGGCCGGUUUUCUCAGCGGCAAACCAAUCUCGUCCUUACAAGUCCCACCCCUUUAGUCUUAGCCAGCUGCUUCCCUGCGGGAGUGACGGGCCCCGCUGCCUUUGAGGGUGUUUCUUUUGAUGGACAUUCAUAUCGAUGAAUCAGAUCGCCAGGAAGUCGAGAGGGUGUUGAAAAGCGUGCCUCGCAACCAAUAGUUUAGCGGCAAGGGUUGGCACCGUCCAAUCACUUCUCCCGGCGCCGCCAAUCACCCGGGGCCCCGCCCCCGAAGCGUGACGUAAGUAGGGUGGGUAGCAACAGUUGCCCCGGUGAGGGAAACGGAGGCGCCAUAGCCACGGUAGUCGUGGCGACCAAGCAACCCGGCAACGCGAGUCAACAACAACAACCGCCCGGCCGACCCCCACCCCCGGCCCCCCCCGGCCCGGCCCGGGGACCCCAGCACGUCCCGUCCCCUUCCCAACAUCGACUCCGAGACCUCCGAAAAGACUUUCCUCAGACACAAGUAGGGAGAAGCGGAGGUGACAGGCAAACUGAGGCCCAGAAGAAGGUUGGUAAUAUGCUGAUGAGUUAAAAGACAGCGCCAGGGUUCGUGUGGGUGAGGGUCUGACACCAGGCAGAUGACGGCUUGUCAGCGACAGUGACCUGAGUACCUGAGCCAGGCCAGAAUUGGACCCGAUGGUCAGCCCAAAGCUCUGGACGCUGGAAGCGAGGCGGGACCAGGAGGUCGUUUCAUCUUUCCUGGAACUCCGUUAAAGGGCCUUGGGUAGUGAAGGGAGCCACAGCCAUUUCCUGUGAGCUUACAGCAUGCCAGAUGCCUGGCCACGAGCUGCCCACAGGAUCAGAUUGAACUCCUCAGCAGCCCCGCCUGGUAGCACUGGCUGGCCUCCCAUUUCACAGAUGGAGCUGUAGAGGCCUCUGCAAAAGUCACUCCGCUAGGAAGUACCCAGGUUCUGUUGCCCUAUCUGGGGCCUUGGGUAGGGGGCGUAACCUCUGCAGGUGACGCUUGGGUCUCCCUGUGGGAAGAACUGGCAAGAUGCUGUGUACUGACUGUAAGAAGCAAAUGAAGGCUGGGCGCCCUGGCUCAGGCCUGUAAUCUCAGCUCUUUGGGAGGCCAAGGAAUUAAAAAAAAAGCCUUAUUUAUUAUCAUUUUCCCCACCGUUGGCAUGGCAACGCAGGCGUACACUGAGCUCCAGGCAGCCCCACCACCAUCCCAGCCGCCACAGGCCCCUCCGCAAGCCCAGCCCCAGCCACCACCACCACCACCCCCAGCGGCACCCCAGCCCCCUCAGCCGCCCGCCACCGCCGCCACCCCUCAGCCCCAGUAUGUCACCGAGCUGCAGAGCCCCCAGCCCCAGGCACAGCCACCGGGCAGCCAGAAGCAGUAUGUGACGGAGCUCCCGGCUGUACCCGCACCCUCGCAGCCGGCCGGUGUGCCCACCCCUUCGCCCGCGCCCCAGCAGUACAUCGUGGUCACUGUCUCCGAAGGUGCCAUGCGGGCCAGUGAGACGGUGUCGGAGGCCAGCCCUGGCUCUACAGCCAGCCAGACCGGCGUCCCUACUCAGGUGGUUCAGCAGGUGCAGGGCACCCAGCAGCGACUGCUGGUCCAGACGAGUGUGCAGGCCAAGCCGGGCCAUGUGUCGCCCCUCCAGCUGACCAACAUCCAAGUGCCCCAGCAGGCUCUCCCCACGCAGCGUCUGGUGGUGCAGAGUGCAGCCCCAGGCAGCAAAGGCGGCCAGGUCUCCCUGACGGUCCACAGCACCCAGCAGGUGCACUCGCCCCCAGAGCAGUCGCCGGUGCAGGCCACCAGCUCUUCCAGCAAGACAGCCGGGGCCCCCACGGGUACAGUGCCACAGCAGCUGCAGGUCCACAGUGUCCAGCAGAGCGUCCCCGUCACCCAAGAGAGGUCUGUGGUCCAGGCCACUCCACAAGCGCCCAAGGCCGGCCCGGUGCAGCCACUGACCGUGCAGGGCCUCCAGCCAGUCCACGUGGCUCAAGAGAGCUCAGGCAGUCAGUUUCCCGCUAGGAAGGCAGAGCAGCGAGAUCCCCGGCCCACGCCGCCGCCGGAGCCGCCGCCCCGGCCGCCCGUGUGCAGCGGCGAGGCCCAGCAGCUAGGCAGCCCCGAGCUGCCGCCGCCCUAUUACGAGCCGGGCAUCGAGCAGUGGGUGGAGCUGGUGGGCGUGCUGCCCCCGCACCUGCUCCUGCCGCAGCAGAAAGUGGUCUUCGAGCCACUGCCCCGGCUCCCGGCCCGAGCCAGCCCCGACCAGAGGGUCAGGAUCCAGAGAAUCCCCCAGGUGCUAGUGUUCGGCACGGCCGCCACGGCCCUCAAAGUGCAGCAGCUCCAGCAGGUGCCUGUCCCACACGUGUACUCCAGCCAGGUGCAGUAUGUGGAGGGCGGUGACGCCAGCUACACGGCCAGUGCCAUCCGUUCCAGCACCUACUCCUACCCUGAGACACCGCUGUACACACAGACGGCAAGCACCAGCUACUAUGAGACCGCAGGCACGGCCGCCCAGGUCAGCACCCCUGCCACCUCCCAGGCUGUGGCCAGCAGCGGCUCCAUGCCCAUGUACGUGUCUGGCAGCCAGGUCGUCGCCAGCUCUACCAGCACUGGGGCUGGGGCCAGCAACAGCAGCGGAGGUGGUGGCAGUGGCGGUGGCAGCAGCGGCGGGGGAGGUGGUGGCGGGGGUGGCAGUGGCAGCACCGGAGGCGGCAGCAGCGGAGCAGGCACCUACGUGAUCCAAGGUGGCUACAUGCUGGGCAGUGCCAGCCAGUCUUACUCCCACACCACCCGUGCCUCGCCAGCCACGGUCCAGUGGCUCUUGGACAACUAUGAGACGGCCGAGGGCGUGAGUCUGCCACGGAGCACCCUCUACUGCCACUACCUUCUGCACUGCCAGGAGCAGAAGCUGGAGCCCGUCAACGCCGCCUCCUUCGGCAAGCUCAUCCGCUCCGUCUUCAUGGGCCUGCGAACCCGCCGUCUGGGCACCAGGGGCAACUCCAAGUACCACUACUAUGGCCUGCGAAUCAAGGCCAGCUCACCCCUGCUGCGGCUGAUGGAAGACCAGCAGCACAUGGCUAUGCGGGGCCAGCCCUUCUCGCAGAAGCAGAGGCUCAAGCCCAUCCAGAAGAUGGAAGGCAUGACCAACGGCGUGGCGGUAGGGCAGCAGCAGAGCACGGGGCUGUCGGACAUCAGUGCACAGGUGCAGCAGUACCAGCAGUUCCUGGAUGCCUCUCGGAGCCUCCCUGACUUCACAGAGCUCGACCUCCAGGGCAAGGUGCUGCCCGAGGGUGUUGGACCCGGGGAUAUCAAAGCCUUCCAGGUCCUGUACCGGGAACACUGUGAGGCCAUCGUCGAUGUCAUGGUGAACCUGCAGUUCACCCUAGUGGAGACGCUGUGGAAGACCUUCUGGAGGUACAACCUCAGCCAGCCCAGCGAGGCACCGCCACUGGCUGUGCAUGACGAGGCCGAGAAGCGGCUGCCCAAAGCCAUCCUGGUGCUCCUCUCCAAGUUCGAGCCCGUGCUCCAAUGGACCAAGCACUGUGACAAUGUGCUAUACCAGGGCCUGGUGGAAAUUCUCAUCCCUGAUGUGCUGCGGCCCAUCCCCAGUGCCUUGACCCAAGCAAUCCGGAACUUUGCGAAGAGCCUGGAGAGCUGGCUCACCCACGCCAUGGUCAACAUCCCCGAGGAGAUGCUUCGGGUGAAGGUGGCCGCAGCCGGCGCCUUCGCGCAGACACUGCGGCGCUACACGUCUCUCAACCACCUGGCGCAGGCAGCACGCGCUGUGCUGCAGAACACUGCGCAGAUCAAUCAGAUGCUGAGCGACCUCAACCGCGUGGACUUCGCCAAUGUGCAGGAACAGGCCUCGUGGGUGUGCCGCUGCGAGGACCGCGUGGUGCAGCGGCUGGAGCAGGACUUCAAGGUGACGCUGCAGCAGCAGAACUCGCUGGAGCAGUGGGCGGCCUGGCUGGACGGUGUGGUGAGCCAGGUGCUCAAGCCCUACCAGGGCAGCGCCGGCUUCCCCAAGGCCGCCAAACUCUUCCUCCUCAAGUGGUCCUUCUACAGCUCCAUGGUGAUACGUGACCUGACCCUGCGUAGCGCGGCCAGCUUCGGUUCCUUCCACCUCAUUCGGCUGCUUUACGACGAGUACAUGUACUACCUGAUCGAGCACCGUGUAGCCCAGGCCAAGGGCGAAACCCCCAUCGCCGUCAUGGGCGAGUUCGCCAAUCUGGCCACCUCCCUGAAUCCCCUGGACCCCGACAAAGACGAGGAGGAGGAAGAGGAGGAGGAGAGCGAGGACGAGCUGCCGCAGGACAUCUCGCUGGCGGCCGGUAGCGAGUCUCCCGCGCUGGGCCCAGAGGCCCUGGAGCCGCCGGCUAAGCUGGCGCGGACUGACCCGCGUGGCCUCUUCGUGCAGGCGCUGCCAUCCAGCUAAACCCUUGGCCUCCCCAUCCUACCUGUCCCCGCCACCCCUCCACACCAGGGUCCCUCACAGCUUCUGUGGCUUCGUGGUCACCGCUCCAGCCUCUGCCAGGGCAGGGAGGGGGCCUCCGAGACAGGAAAGGUCGGGGGGGGGGGCCCCCCUCCCCCAUGGGGCCGGCACAAUCAGCGGGCUGGGUGGAGCCGCAGCUGCAAACUCUUGACACAAAAGACGUGCCUUAAGGAACCCGACGCGUGCCCAGGUGCCCCGCUGGGCAUCCAGCUCGGCCCCUUGCCCCACCCCCCCAUCCCCCACAGGCCGCAGCAUCUUACCCCCCAGCCCCAUCCUCCCACCACCCCAGGGGGCCGGCAGGCAGGCCCCCUCCCAUGCGUAACUGUUAACUUAUUCAGCUCGCUGGCUUUGCACAGCCUGUCCUGGGCCCAGCCCUGAGCCCCGGGCCGGCGCAGGUGGGCGUCACCUGGGGACCCCCAACUGUCAGCAGCAACCCCAAUACUCCCGCCCCAGUCCCACAACCCCACUGCUUCCCCUUCUUGGUAUUAAGUGCAAUUAAAGCCGUGGGUGUCGCAUCUGCUCCAGCACUGGGCCCUCCCUUGCCCCCAAGCCCGAGAAGGGGGCACUGCCCGGCCUGGCUGGGAGGAAGGCGGCAGGGGCAUGGCCUCCAGCUUCCAAAGAGCCACGGGGCCGGGGAAUGCCCACACACCACAGCCCCCGCGCCCCGCUAUCUGCCGCUGGUUUGUAAUGGAACCUUCUCUGUGCUAUGUUCCCGGAGACCGUGCUCCUCCGUGCCGUGCACCCCCUGCCCCCAUGACUUGUGCGAUUCGUGAGCGCCGCCCGAGCGGAGUUGGUAACUUGUUGGGUUUUUUUCCAACCAUCAUGGCCUUAUCUGUUCCAGUUUUCUCGGUGUUUUCAACCUGUGAGAUAGAUGUUUAUGGCAAGAAAAAGAAAAAAAAGGCAAUCUGACCUAUUGUAUAAAAACCACUAUUUUGUGUGCUCCGCGUGCUACAGCUUUUGGGGCAGCCCUGCCCAGUCCCCGAGCCCACAGGCUCCCUCUCCCGGCGGCGAGUGUCCACAUGUGUGGUAGUCUAGUGUGCCGAGCUGUUUUCUACCUUUUUGUAGUUUCUUAAAACAAUAAAUUCCGCUGUGGUAUUUGCCUA